CUCGCACAUCAAUCAACCAUCCCCUCGCAAUCAAUCCACAUCCAUCAACCACAAUCAUCCGCAACAGCAGACAGCAUGACGACCUCCACAGAGACAAAAGAGCGCUCCAACCCCGAACAUGAGGAGUACCAGUACCUGGACUUGAUCGCGCGGAUCAUCGCGACGGGCCAGCCCCGCCCCGACCGCACAGGGACGGGCACGCUCGCGCUCUUCGCGCCGCCCUCGUUGCGCUUCGACCUCACCCGCGGCUUCCCGCUGCUGACGACGAAACGCGUCUUCUGGCGCGGCGUCGUCGAAGAGCUCCUCUGGUUCGUCGCGGGCUGCACCGACGCGGCGGUGCUCCAAGCACGCGGCGUGCACAUCUGGGACGGGAACGGGUCGCGCGAGUUCCUCGACCGCGUCGGGCUCGGCCACAGGCGCGAGGGCGACCUCGGGCCCGUGUACGGCUUCCAGUGGCGCCACUUCGGCGCUGCGUAUGGCACGUGCGAAGACGACUACACCGGGAAAGGCGUGGACCAGCUCGCGGAAGUCGUGCGGAAGAUCAGGGAAAACCCGACCGACCGGCGCAUCAUCAUGAGCGCGUGGAACCCGAGUGACCUUCCCCUCAUGGCCCUCCCCCCCUGCCACAUGUUCUGCCAGUUCUACGUCACGCUGCCGGAGACGCCCGAGGCGCGCCCCAAGCUCUCCUGCCUCAUGUACCAGCGCAGCUGCGACGUCGGGCUCGGCGUGCCCUUCAACAUUGCGUCGUACGCGCUGCUCACGCACAUGAUCGCGUUCGUGACGGGGUGCGCCGCGCACGAGUUCAUCCUCCAGAUGGGCGACGCGCACGUAUAUCGCGACCAUGUUGAGCCCCUCAAAACGCAGCUUGAGCGCGAGCCGCGGCCGUUCCCGACGCUCAAGAUCGCGCGGUCACUCGAGGAGAUCAAGGACAUUGACGGCUUCCGCGCGGACGACUUUGUCGUCGAGGGAUACAAGCCCAUGGGCAAGAUUGAGAUGAAGAUGUCGGCGUAAUACUAGAGCUACCCGUGGGGCAAUUGUAAACUAUGCAUCAUACAUACAACGCGACAUCUCUUCUAGUUCGUCGGCUUGCUCCGCGUGCUCGACU